AAUCUACCAACAUCAGUAAAAAUUUACCAUAAAUUUAUUAUUUCUUUGAAUUGAUUUAUGAACUAAAAACGCAGUACGCAACAAUAUUGCUAAGUAAUAAUCGUUCAACUGCUGAACCAUAAAAAUCUCCCGAGAAUAUAGACGCGUCAAUCAACUGCUGCUCGCUUGGUUCCUUGCCCGGUAUCUUAUCAAUCUUUUUAAUGACAAAUUCUCUCACAAUUCACAUUGUGUCGCCGAUACUCGAUAGUUAGCAAAAUUCCCCAUAGCUUCUAAUCAGUCGACACACCAUACAGUCUGCCACAAGUUUUCUAGCGAGAGGAUUUUUUUUCGUAUAUCUAAUGGAGUAGAUGGAAUAGUUUUUAUUGCUCAAAAACGAUGGCUACCAGUUGUGAAAUCAAGUUUGACCAAAAUCCAUACGGUGUAUAUUUUCCAGGACAAACGUUGUCCGGUAGUGUAGAGCUGUGUUUGACGGAAGUUACCAAAGUGCGAGGAGUUGCUCUGCAAAUCAAUGGAGUGGCAGAGGUGAAAUGGUCCGAGACUAAGGGAGCUGGUAAGAAUCGACGUACUGUCCGUUAUCGGGGGCGGCAGAAUUACAUGCACUCUACAACGUAUUUGGCGGGAUCCAAGGAGGGGAAUAAUGUAGAACUCUUGCCUGGAAUUCACACGUACCGAUUCUCGUGUGCUCUACCGCACAAUUUGGUAACCUCGAUGGAGGCGGAGUAUGGACAUGUUCGGUAUACAGUUAAGGUGGUGCUAGAACGUUCUUGGAAAAAGGAUCAAUCGUAUAAAGUGGCAUUUACCAUACUUCGCCAUGUCAACUUGAACGAAGAAGCCUACGAGAUACGUUACCCUGCCAAGUUGGACAAAUCUAAAACGUUUUGUUGUGGACCUUGUCGAUCUGAACCGAUGUACAUUUCGGCAGAAACUCCAAUUUCUGGAUACGUCCCAGGACAAACCGUUGUCGUUAAAAUAGAGGUUAACAAUCAGAGCAACAAGCCGCUCGAUGAACUUUCAACCAAACUCGUGGGUAUUGUAUCGUUUAUCAGUCAGACCCCAUACUGCAAAGUCAGAACGGUGUCUUCAGUUAUCGUUGAAACACGUUGUGCGGGGAUAGGACCCAGAACCAAGGGGUCUUUCGAACAGCUUAUCCUUAUCCCACCUCUGCCACCCACUAGUAAGUCCUGUCAAGUGCUAACCAUGACUUACGCGAUCGAAGUUGAAGGUAAAAUCAGAGGACCGGUGGUGAAUCCUCGUAUCCAAAUUCCAAUCACCAUCGGAACCAUUCCCCUAUCGAUGAACGCCGUACCGGGUUUCGGAACCGCCGUAGUGGCCCCUCCGGUGAUUGUUCAACCAACAGCAGGACCGUCCAGCUCAAUCACUGACGCUGGAAUCGUUGCGCUUCCGGCUGAACUGCCACCCCCAUCCUACGAGGAGGUGGUGAAUGCGAAUCGAACCAACAUUCAAGAUGAAGACGAAACUAACGAAAUCGGCUGGCGGGACUACACACCACGCUACAUGGUGUAUCGGUUCAGCGAAAGUGAUGAGGCGGCUCCACCAAACGGCGGCGAUCAUCAGCAGAACAAUGCAAUGGAGACCGAUGGUGGCGAGCGAACUGUUCCCGAGAAAGCAAUUAUGUGAUAUUGGAAAAAAAAAACUGUGAAAAAAAUUUGGUAACUAAUUAUGUCUUAGGACCAAUAAUUGUAAAAAAUUUUGAAAGUUAUACUUUUUUUUAAAAUAAAGCAAAACUGUUUCUUUUACAAAACUUUUUUUUGUGGGUCAAUACCAAACAAACAAGCGAAAAAUGUUGAAACAUGCACUGGAAUUUCGAUUUUGUAUUUUAAACUUAAAUUUCUAAUUUUAUACUCUGGAAAUAAAUUUUUAUAGAGAGACUUGGUAGACUGUGGCUAAAUGAA